CAGCCAGUCAGUGUACUGGUGACAUUGCCCGAGGUCACAUCUCUGUCGGAGCUCUCUCGAGUCGCCUCAUGUGUUUCGAAGAUCGCACGGAGACGACGAGGAGGAACAGAGUUCAUUUGUAUAUCGCACUAGUGGAAUGGUUCUGAGUCAACGUUCUCGCCAAGAAUAUGUUUACGUAACUGUUGGAGAAUGUGAUAACAUACAGACCAUACUCCGGUAUUUAAAAAAUUAUGUGAUUUCGUAUAAGAUUCAGAGGCUAACUGGUGAAGCGACCUAAAAUUCCGGGCUCGUGGAAAAGAAUAGAUUGAAUUAAUUAAAGACACAGGUAUGCCAGAAAAAAACCAACAUUGCAUAUAAUGAAUGAAAAACUGCCACUACUACACAUCAACCGACACGUUUAAAGCUUUUCCAGAAAGGCUUUGCGAGGAAUCACAUAAAGGAAGGAAAAUUCCAAACGGAGAAAAACGAAGGCCAAAAAUACUGCAAACGAAAUUAUUCGAUGGCCACUUCAGCGAUUGCACAUUUAUCUGCCAUGGAGGGAGUGGUUCCACCAUGCUUAUUACUAAUUUUGCUGCCAGCCUGCUGGGCGCAAGGAGAUCAAGACAGCAGCACAGACUAUGUUUCUCAGGGACCUUGGGUCAAAGUUCGUCGCUUCGUGGUCCCGAGAUACGUCGCCCUCGGCAAAAACGCUACGCUGGAGUGCGACUACUUGGUGCAAAAACACGCCAGUCUCUAUUCCCUCAAGUGGUACAAAGGCAAUUCGCAGUUCUACCAAUAUAUCCCAACAAAUGCGAACCCGUUCUCAGUCAACUCGGUCGAGGGAUUACACCAGGAUCAGGUGGUAGCAGGACCCGAGGGCAGGAGAGUGGUCAUCCUUGGCAUAGAAGCAGCAGCCAGUGACACUUACCGGUGCGAAAUGGUAGCCGAGGGGCCUCCCUUUCACACAACCCAGAGAUCAGGAAAUAUGACAGUCGCAGUGGUACCGAACGAACGUCCCAACCUGACUGGGAGUCGGGAGUACUACCACCUCAAUGACCUGAUCAAGCUAAACUGCACAGCGCCCUUUGCAAAGCCCCCAAUCGCCCUCACUUGGUAUAUCAAUGAUCACGAGGCUGAACCAAACAACGUGAAUGAGAUCGACCGCAUCAUCAAUCCAGCUGAACUGGAGAGUGUCAGCAGCCAACUCACUCUGAGUGUAAAGCGACACCAUUUCAAGGGGUCUACUAUGUCCAUCAAGUGCGUGGGCCGCCUGGCUGACCUCUACCAAAGGUCAUCGCAGGUCAUCAUUAGGGAACCCUCCAGCCAAUGGUUUAUAAGUAGCGACCUCUACCACACAUCAGGUUGCACGGAUUGCCUAUCUCGUAGGUUGCUACAGCAUCUGCUUCUUCUACAGUUCCUCCUGUACUCUUGGAUUAUUUAGAGAAACUGAUCUCCAAACAAGACCUUCCUACAGACAUCUCCACUUUCGGGAAUUCUCUUGACCUCGUCUGUAGUGGCCGCUCUUCGUACUCCU